CAUAUUUCUCAUAUUUCUUGGUCGACGGUAGACGCAGCAUGGCCGCGCCGACGCAAGGAGGAGGCCGCCCUCCGUACCAGUACAUGGACUCGACGUCGCACGUCCAGGAAGACGACAUGGCGCAUGUACCCGUGUGGCAGGACAGCAGCGCCGAGCACAUGUACGGCGACUACGUCAACCCCGGCGGUGUGGCCGUCAUGGAGUCGACCGAGCACUCGUCCGUGCGCCCAAGCACGAUCCUCGACUCGUCGCGCUCGUCGGCGGCCGCCGCCAUGAAGCCCGAUAUCAAGGUCGGCGUUAGCGAAGAGGCCAACUCGGAGAAGAAGCACACGGGCCGGAAGCGCGUCUGGCCUGGCUGGCUGCUCCUCUUCCUCGUCUUUGGUGGCGCAAUCUUUGGCAUCAUUUGGUUUGGCCGCAAGCUCUACUUUAAGGCCCAAGGCCAACAAACGCUCUCGCAAAAGAUCCUGGAUCGCACGCCCGCGCCGCCGACGCCGGCCAAGAUUUGCGAGCUGCCCAACUUUGUCGGGGAUGGCUUUGGCGGUGUCGUCGCCAAGUACUCGAGCGGUCUCGUCAAGCCGAUCGUGAUCACGGGCAUCAACUGGAGUGGCAUGGAGAACGUCGAGGGCGUCCCUCACGGCCUUGCGUUUGGCCAGUCGACGAUGGAUGCGAUCUCGGCCAAGCUCGUCGACCAAGGCGUGACAGCCGUGCGCCUGCCCCUCAACGUGCAGAUGAUUCUGAGCAACGCGGCGCCCAACGUCAAGGACUUCGUGGACCCGGUCGUGAACGCCGAGUUCAACGUCAACAGCUACAUGGACAUGAUCAAGAAGGUGAUUGUCGGUCUCGCGAAGCAGCAAAUCGCGGUCCUUCUCGACAUCCACAAGCUCGACCCGAAGAACCUCAACACGGACGCGUCCGAAGGGCUCUGGUACAGUGCCACGGUCACGGAGGCGCAGACGACGAAAGCCAUCACGAUGCUGGCGACGACGCUCUGCAACGCCAACUACUACAACGUGAUUGGCAUCGACUUGAAGAACGAGCCGCACAAGGGCUGCUGGCCCGCGUCGGCGACGACGCCGGAUGCCUCCUGCCCGGCCAGCAACAACUGGCAGCAAGGCGCGACGCGUCUCGGCAAUGCAAUGCUCAAGGCAUGCCCCAAGUGGAUGGCGUACGUCGAGGGCACGCUCGAGCAGAUUGAGGCUGCGUAUCCCAACACGAACGGCGGCGCGAAGCUGUCGUACGGGGACUGGUGGGGUGCGUCGCUCAACAAUGCCUCGACCAACCCGGUCGUCCUCAGCAUCAAGAACAAGGUGGUGUAUGCGCCGCACUUUUACUCGCCGAGCGUGUACCCAGCCGCGUACUACUUUGCGGUCCAAGACGGCGACAAGAACAUCUUUACCGAGUUUCCCAACGACGCCGACGGCAACGCCAAGCUCCAAAGCAACGUGUAUGCGGCGCUCGACCGGUCGUUUGGCAAGGCGAUGGCGGCCGCGAAGGCGCCGGUCAUGUUUGGUGAGUUUGGCGGCAUCUACGGCGUCAACGACAAGUGGCCGAGCAAGAGCUCGACCCGCGCGAUCGAGGCGUUUAUCUCGUACUCGCAGGACCGCAACAUGUCGGGCGGCUUUGCGUGGAGUCUCAACUCCGAGUCGUUUUACGAGUACAACCCGACGAAAGGCGAGUACAUGUACGGGCUCUACACGGACAACACAUGGACGGCGUACAACGAAGACUACUCGGCGGCCUUGCGCAAGUUCAAGGGCUCGGGCACCAUUUUCUGCGUCAAGGUCGAUGCGUCGUCGGUCGUCGACGGCGCCGAGAGUGACACGAGUGGCAGUGCGACGAGUGGCGUCGUGACGGUUCCGGCCAAGACGCCGACGCCAUCGACGGCCAAGACGACGCUAUAAAUGCAAAUCGACUUGAUUUUGAUAUAAGGCUUGCGAG